AUGGUGUGGAGGAUGGGUGAGAAGGGGCUGAAGCAGGAGGCAGGGAACCCAGCUCAAGGUGAUUAUGGCAGCCCUGUGUUUGAGAACAAAGAUAAGAUUGUGAUCAUCAUGGAAUAUGCGAGCAAAGGCGAGCUGUACGAUUACAUCAGCGAGCGGAGACGCCUGAGCGAGCGGGAGACCAGACACUUCUUCCGGCAGAUCGUGUCCGCCGUGCACUAUUGUCACAAGAAUGGUGUGGUCCACCGGGACUUGAAGCUGGAAAAUAUACUGCUCGAUGACAACUGCAAUAUUAAGAUUGCUGACUUUGGGCUUUCCAACCUGUACCAGAAGGACAAGUUCUUGCAAACGUUUUGCGGGAGCCCACUCUACGCGUCUCCUGAAAUUGUCAAUGGGAGACCUUACCGAGGGCCAGAGGUGGACAGCUGGGCCCUGGGCGUGUUGCUUUACACUCUCAUUUAUGGAACAAUGCCCUUCGAUGGUUUCGAUCACAAAAACCUCAUUCGGCAGAUCAGCAGUGGAGAGUACCGGGAGCCCACGCAGCCCUCAGAUGCUCGAGGACUCAUUCGGUGGAUGCUGAUGGUGAACCCUGAUCGCCGGGCCACCAUCGAGGACAUUGCCAACCACUGGUGGGUGAACUGGGGCUACAAGAGCAGCGUCUGUGACUGCGAUGCCCUUCACGACUCCGAGUCCCCGCUGUUGGCACGGAUCAUUGACUGGCACCACCGUUCCACUGGGCUGCAGGCUGAGGCCGAAGCCAAAAUUAAGGGCCUGGCCAAACCCGGGGCCUCUGAGGUCAUGCUGGAGCGACAGCGGUCGCUGAAGAAGUCCAAGAAAGAGAAUGACUUUGCCCAGUCUGGCCAGGACUCAGUGCCGGAAAGCCCAUCCAAGUUAAGUUCCAAGAGGCCCAAGGGGAUCCUGAAGAAACGAAGUAACAGUGAACAUCGCUCUCACAGCACUGGCUUCAUUGAAGGCGUCGUGGGUCCUGCCUUACCAUCUGCUUUCAAGAUGGACCAGGACUUGUGCCGGACUGGUGUGCCCCUCCCGAGCUCCCCUGAUGCAGAGGUGCCGGUAAAACUCAGUCCCAAACAGUCGGCCACCAUGCCCAAGAAAGGCAUCUUGAAAAAGACCCAGCAGAGAGAAUCGGGUUACUACUCGUCCCCAGAACGCAGUGAGUCUUCCGAGCUGUUGGACAGUAAUGACGGGGUGGGCAGCAGCAUCCCUUCCCCCAGCCCCCCAGACCCAGCCCGGGUGACCUCCCUCAGCCUCUCCUGCCGGAGGAAGGGCAUCUUGAAACACAGCGGCAAGUACUCAGCGGGCACCAUGGACCCGGUCCUCGUCAGCCCCGAGAUGCCCACACUGGGAUCCUUGUCGGAGCCCGGUGUCCCCACUGAGGGCCUCUCCCGGAGCUAUAGCCGUCCUUCCAGCGUCAUCAGCGAUGACAGCAUCCUGUCCAGCGACUCCUUCGACUUGCUGGAUUUGCAGGAGAAUCGCCCUGCCCGCCAGCGCAUCCGCAGCUGCGUCUCUGCCGAAAACUUCCUCCAGAUCCAGGACUUUGAGGGGCUCCAGAACCGGCCCCGGCCCCAGUACCUGAAACGGUACCGGAACCGGCUGGCAGACAGCAGCUUCUCCCUCCUCACGGACAUGGAUGACGUGACUCAGGUGUACAAGAAAGCGCUGGAGAUCUGCAGCAAGCUCAACUAGCGUCUGGAGCGCAGGGGUGGGGCGGGCGGGCACCAGGGAGGAAGGGGAGCAAGAAUCAUGCCGACAGGCUGGUUACCUCUUUGCUGGCCAUGAGGAUAGACUGAAAAAGGAUUGGUGCCAUCUCGCUUGGCCAAUUUUGCAGCCUUGAGCCAGCGCCUAAAAGGGAGAAGGGGCUCUCUGCCAGUUCUACUGCCAGUCAGAAUUUGGGUCCUAAUUGGCAUUUGCUUAUGGCACCUCCUAGAGGACCACCUGUCUAGGAGGGUGGUGUUGGCCAGCACUUAGUGGGGGGAGGAAACAUAUGGGAGAGGAAGCAUUUCCCUAGAUGUUAUCCAAGUGCUUCUGGGGGAGGGGUGAGAGUGGCUGCGGCCAUCUGCUUUGGGUGGGUCCCAGGAGCUUGCUCCUUUUCUCCUCACAUUAGCAAGCUUGGCCUGACUGCAUGGAGCUGGCAAGUAGAUGUCAGCAACCUGAGGUUGCAUCGAUGCUCAAUUGAUAGUGCCUGCUGGGUGUCCUGGUGUGAGUAGCCCGGGCAUGUCAGGAAGGAGUGCUGUGAUUGAAUAGUAAUGUCUGCCAUGGGAAUGGGAAGGGAGGGCAUAGCCCUCAUGCCAGGUCAUCUUUGACCUGGCUAAGCCCUGGGAAUCAGGUUAAGGCAUCCUGUGGGAUCUACAUUUGUGCCACUGGUGUGGCAUUUGUCAGUUUGCUACCCUAUCUUGAAUGAAAGACAGGGCCUUGGUCAGAGAGAGAAUGCACUGAACCCUGCUGAGGACAUAGGGUCAGCCCAUGGUGACAUUUUGGCUCCUUGCUGUCCGCCUCCUCUUUCUUCAUGUCCACCAUGCUCUUUAGCACAACCUCCUGAGGGUGGACAAAGCAAAGGACGGUGGUGUCAGAGGUCGAAACUGUUGUGUGUGACAGAGCACAGAGCACAAGACCUUCUGUGGUCUUUGCACAGAUGGCUGGAGGUUGAUGCACAAUGGCAAGGGGCAACUUGUCACUUUCUUUAAUGUUUCAAUAUUAACUGGAAUGCUGCCUCUUGGGUUCUCACCUGCAUGAAGGCUUGAAUUGGAUGUGAUACUGUCCAUAAUCUCCAAACCAUUGCCUGUCUCAGCCAUCAGCCCCAUUCACUAAGAGCAAAUGGGUUCCCCGUCCGCCUAGUGUAGAAUCCUCAGAGGUAGAUGAGUUUGCCUCUAGGGAGUUAGUGUGUAGGGGGGAUAUCUGGAUGAGGAAAGACAGGCAGAAGUUGCCUUCUCCCCAAAUAUAAGUGUUCUUUUUCAUGGUUUUGACUUUGACAUGAACUCCUGGGCUUUGGGGAAAAGGAAAGUUCCAUUCAUUUAAAUGACUAAGUUUGAAAGAGCUGAGUGGGUUGGGGAGAAGCUUCUAAGAGAGGGGACAUUUCCUUAGAAGUCAUGCAGGCGGUUCUGGAGAAGGCAGAAAAGAGAUGUGUCAGGACUCUUAUCUUAAAAAUGCAAAGAACUAGGUGUGUAAUUUCUAAACACUCAUAUUACAGGUGGCAAGAUGUCACUCCCACAUGGGAUAUCUUCAGGAUACUGGGCUUGGAAUUAAUGGUGUCUUUGGGAUGACUUCUGAUUCUACUGUCCCGGGCAAAUCAAAAUCCUUAUUUCAAGAUGGUUGACCUCUCAUAGGCAUGUCGAGAGAUUGGAGGACUGGUUUUGGGGAUAUCUUUGGAAAAACCAACAAGCAGUAGUCCAUAGGGAGAUGAGAAAGAAUUCAUCUUACAGCACUGGGUUAAUUAGAACGAGAUUGCCCUUUCCUCAAGGAGGAGAUUCUAUUUCUCCCCAUGCAGCCAGCACUGCUGAUUUGGCUUGAGUGUUCCUUCAGGUGGAGCUGAGCAAUGGUUUAUGGGAGCUGCCCAGUUUCCUUUCAUUCAAUUCCACCUCCUUCCUGAACUCCAACAGAGGUGAAAAGGGAAAAAAAUCUGCAGAUAGCAAAUUGUGUGUGGGGGUGCACAGAGAGCAGCUGGCAGCCUCUGUACCCCCAACUUCCUGCCUCAUUUUGUGCAGCCUUUUCUGAGCAGCCUAUACUGCCACACUGCUGGCCCCUCACGCAUGGCAGCUGGCCACGUUGGUAGCUGUCAGGACGUAUAACGCCCACCUAUUGGUUGAUGUUUUUUCCUUUUGCCAGGUGAUUAUGUCUGUUUGGUAUUUUCCAUCAUUCUAAUCUUUAAGUAAAAGUGAAACUAUUAAGGAAAAUUAUUCUACUCCCUUCUCUCUCCCUAAAAACAUCUGUCUGUCCUCUUUUUGUCAACAAACUCAGACAGUGGAUUGUGGCAAAGAAAGUCCUCCACUCAGAGGCUGAUACUCAGUUGAGUCCCAGUCUGCUGUGAAGUCGCUGGUGGUCUUAGGCACCUGAAGUGUUUUCAGGGCUAAGUUUUCCUUUCAUUGAGCGCUGGAGAGGUAGAUUAGCAGGUCUCUCAGGCUCUGCUCAGUUCCGACAUUCUGCUGACAUCCUCUGGUUCUAGAUCUGAUGUUGACUGUCCUUUCAAGGAAAAACUUGGAAUAGAAGGAAAGGCCCUUUCACAGCAGCAACCUCUGCUUCCUGAUUAAGUCCUGUCAUCCGUACCAGCCAAUCCCCUGCCAAGGAAGUUACGUUUGAUUCAUUUCCAUGGAAUUACAAGUGAGAGACACUUUUAUGACCUGGUGGACAGAGCAGGAGAUUCUAUGUCGGCUCUCCUGGUCCUUUCCUUGCCCCUGUGGGCCUUUCAGCGUCUCAGUUUACACAUCUGCCAAAGGGGUAGAAUUAUACUUCUUUUUACAGGUAAAUUUCAAGGCACGAUCAGUUUUCAGGAAGUGCUUCAAGACCCCAGGCGAAAUGAAAAUGCUAAGUACCCUCUGAAUUUCCAUCCCUGUUACCAGGUGCUGCUUCUUCAAAUGUGGGGAGCACUUUUCAGGGUGAAAUUCAGGCGAGUUUUGCCCAGGCCUACUGUCUUGAGUACAAAUGUGAAUGAUCGACUGACUGCUUGUUGCCAAACUGGAAAUGUUCUGUAGGGAUUUACUGGCAUGGUAUCAUUCCUAGAAGAAAAAAAAAAGA